AUGCCCAAAAAGACCUACCUACGGCCAGCCAGCGAUGACUACGCGCCGGAAAACAAUAUCCAGCUCGGUCACGUCUGGCGGAACCCGCGAGACCCUGGGUCAUUCACUGGGGACCCUCUUCCUAUCACAAGUGACAUGAAAAUCAACUAUACCCGCAAGGAUUCUUUUACCAUCGAUUUGGGCCGCAACUCCCACGGAGAAUUCGCUCUCUGGACUAAGGUCGCCCAGCUGCCCAUCCUGGCAGCCGCCUGCGCCCACUGGGACAAUACUGCAGGCGGCGCCUACAAAAUCCCCACGAUGGACACAUACUCCAUCGAGCCGACGCCGGCGUACAUUGAGAAGAGUGUUGCAUCCGUCUCAGCCGAGAUUCUCAAGCCCGGACCAAAUCUGUACAUGGUCACUGGUGUCAAAAUUGCGCGGGGUGGCGAGGGAACAUACAGGGAGUUGCAGGCCUUUGGUUUCAACAUCCAAGGAGGCACUGGUGCCUUUGGGGCAUAUGUGCCGGCCGAGGUGGGUCAGAAGUUAAGCUACUCCAGGGGCGCGCACUGCAACCAGAGUUUUGGCUCAGCCGGGGAUUUUGUCUUCGCUUACCGCAUUAGGGAGAUUUUUUACAAGAGUGGCAUGUUGAAAACAAGGGAAUACAAUAAAGGAGCGGUUCUUGGGGAGCAUUUCAGUCCGGUUGGAAAGAGUGGUAAAGAAGAAUUGGACCUCGUUAUUACGGAAGCUGAUAUCGGUGAUGAUGAUGUUGAGGUCAUUGGAGAGCGUUAUUCUUUUACAGAUGAUGAUGGUGAGUAUUGCAACAUCGUGUUCUGA